AUGUCUAUUGUCUACGCCCCCCAUCUGGCGCCACUCGAACAGCAGCCACGGCGAAGCGGACAAGAGCAACGCAGCAGAACCCAGCUGCCCAAGUCGGUCUCUGUGCUGGAGAGGAGGAUCGUCAAUAGAACACGAAGCGCACAGGACGUGUUGGUUCAGUUUGGUCUGCGACGUCAGAGUUUACGCACGGCCCCUGUCUGCGAGGGACGGCACGGACCCUGGAACGAGCAGGUCCUCGCCGAGAGAGAGAUGAGGCCAGGAAUCCCGCUCCUUCUCCUCCUGUGGGCGGGGCCCCUUCCCGGACACGCCCUCUUCUUCGGGGGUCACAAGGACGUCGGCCUCCCUGCGGACUACUACGCCUCGGAGGUCCUCGGCGCCCCGUCUGCCUGUGCUUGCAAGACCCGGUGCCUCGUCCACCCUCCUUGCACGGCUUUCACGGUGCAUCUGCCCGCCUCAGGUGAAGUCAACUGCCUCUUCAGCCUCGCGAAUGUCACGACCAGCGUGAUGAAACCCAACGCCUCCAGCUGGACCUUCUGCAAGCGAGGUGGGUGCGCCGCCCCACACUCCGCCCACGCUACUUCUGCCUACAAUGAGGAACCCGAAGCCACGACCAACGACGUCAAAGACCCCGAAAGCUCGACCUGGACGAACGACUUCUCCGAAAGCAAGGCCUCGACGACCGACGACUCGAAGAGCACCACGACCCCCGCCGCUGCCAGCACCACGACCACCACCGCCGCCAGCACCACGACCUCCGCCGCCGCCAGCACCACGACCUCCGCCGCCGCCAGCACCACGACCUCCGCCGCUACCAGCACCACGACGGGUCCCAGAUGCACCGGGUCCUUCGUCGACCUCGGCGCCAUCGGCUGUUACUUCUUCUACGAGUCCAACAUCAACUUCAUCCGCGCACAGCUCUACUGCCGGGGCCUGAGAGCCGAUCUGGCAACACCUUCCUCGCUGGACCCCCUGAGGCAAUACCUCCUGGAGAACAACUACACAGGAGAGUACUGGGUGGGUCUACAGCGUCCGAAUGGCUGGAUCGACGGGCGGCCCGACGACCCGAGCGAGUGGGACGUCGGCGAACCCAACGGCUCCGGUCCCUGCGCCUUGCUGACGGACACCGGCGGUUUCAAAGCUGCGGAUGCCAACUGCCUCAACAACCACAAGGCCAUCUGCGAGCAGGAGGUCUAAGGGGAGAGCAGACGGUGUGGUUGCCUUUUUCCCUCUUCUUUUUUUUUUUUUAAACUUUACAUUUUUUUUUUUCUCUCUCCCUCUCUCUUUUUCUGAUAUUAGUUGGGACACGUUCGACUGGUUUGUGUUGUUUACUUGUGGCCAUAUUACAUGUUUAUAUUUGGUUCUAUUGUUGUUUAUAUUCGGGUGUAUUAUUUAUAUAGCUAAAUCUAAUUUGCGCUGUGUUGUUUAUUUAUGGCCAUGUUUAUUUGGCCCAUGUUUAUUCAUGGUCAUGCUUAUAUUUGGGCAUAUUGUUUAUUUGGGCCAUGCGGUAUCUUUUUGGCCAAGCACAAUGGACUAACGGCACACUAUUACAAAUAUUACAUAACCUUUUCCAUAGUAUUACAAAAAUGCUACCACCAGAAUCACCUUGCACUGCAGUAAGCUUGUCAGAAAUUGCUGUCCUGUUUGCAAAAUCAAGUGAAGUGUUAAAAUGUAUAAUGUUUCCAUCGACUGGAAGUUUUCAACUAUUCUGAAGCUGAACAGAAAAAAAGUCACUGAAGGAAAGAAAGAUAUUUCUUUUGCUAUUGUGUGUUUGUCCAAGAAAAUGCUCCCACCCAGCGCCGUAUUAAAAAAGUCUUUGUAACUAAUUGGUAAACAUUAAUCAAGACAUUAAUUAAAACACCAUACACUUUAAAUAAGCAAAGUCUGUAACAAUUAUUAUAGAAAAAAACAAAGAAAACUACCGACUUUAAAUUCAAAAGAUCUGAUACACAAUGGAGACAAGAGCGAAAUAUGUAUUAUGGCCGCGCUUGUGUGUGAAUAAAGAAUCGGAGAA